AUGAGCAAAGAGAAAUUUGAGUUCCAGGGAAUGCUGGAGGCAGAAGAAGAGGAGAAAAUGAAUGUGAUUGAAUUUAUCAAAUCAAUGGAUCAGCUCAAACUGGAUGCGGGGAAAGAAUUGGAAAAAAUGUAAGAUAUUAUAAAAAAAUAAAAUAAAAAAUCCAAAAAAAUUUUUUUUGGACUUUUUAGCGUUUCUUUUGCAGUUCAAAUCGAGAUAUAAGACGUUUUGAAAGGCUUAAUUAGGAGAGAUACGGUAGAGAAAGACUUGACCCAAUCUAGUCAGACUUGACCCACAGUAAGACCGUUAGAGAAAAACAGUUUUUUAGGACUAUAUUAAGAGUCUCACAUGUUCUAGAGAAAAUUUUAAUCUUAAUUUAUGCCGAUUUUCAUCCAAAUCUGAUGAUUUUUUGGAGUUUUUUUGAUCUUUUUUCAUUUCUCUGUUUGUUCGAAUUUUUCCAACAAAAGGUUGGCUCAAAUUUCUUGCCAUUCAUUCUCAUCGGUCUCCACCAACAGACCUUUGCCCAGGACCCGCUGAUUUGCACUAUAAAUGAAUGUAAAUUCUCUAUGGAAACCGGUUGGUAAUCGAAUAACCGGCUUCGGCCGGUGCCCCGGACGGCCUUCGGGGGGCCGAAUGUCACAGUUUUGGGCGGCGGGCGGGUUUGCAAAUGAUUUUCGGUUGAGCAAUCCUGACUUUCCGAGGCUUUUCACUCAUUUCGAAAAGUUCUGAGAGCUUUUUUGCCAUGAGUGAAAUAAAUUUUUCCAAUUUUUUCAUUUUUUAGUUAUAAAUUUGGAUUGUUUUGGCGGAAAAAAGGUGUUGAGAGGUAAUGUCCAGCCGUCUAGUUGAGUAGUAAUCAUUUUUAUUUCCGAAAUUACUGUAAGUCACUAGUCUUUUUUGGCAAAAACAGCUGUUCCAGCGUUUUAAGGCGCUUUCGUUAACAUUUGAUGACUUUGAGAGGCUUAAAACUACUCCGUAUGCCUUUGAAGACCUGUCCUUUUCGGUUGGCCGCUUAUUUUACCGAUCCAGAUGAUUUGAAAAUUCAAAAGUUCAAGUUUCCCGCCAUCCUUGGCAUUCUGUUCCAAUGGCUUGGAUAGCAGUCCAAAGGCGAAAAAUUAAUAAAAAUGCAGUCUAGAAAUGUUUUGGAGUAGUUAGUAAAUUUUUUGAUUAAGUUUAAAAGCAUUUUCAGAUAUUAAAAUGCCUUUAAUUAUGUUAUCCAUAACAAAUUUGGUCUAUUUUUGGGAUUUUCGAAAUUAUUCUUGACGGAUUUGAUAUAAUAAGUGUUAAGAAAGUAUAUAAAUGUUCAGAAGUUUAGAUAUGUCGUAUUUUACCUCUAUUCAUUUCUCAUCUUCAUCCGUUUUCAGGCCAUUAUCGGAGCUGAGAGCCCUCAAAAACGAGAAAGAAAUGAAUGGCCCUAGGCGAUUGCUGCAACGCCGGAGCCGCGAACAGUCCCCAUCCAAGUCGGACGAAGCCGCCAAUUCGACGGUUUGGCGCAAAAAUUCGGCCGAAGUGAAGACGUCGCUGCGGAAGAUGGCCUUCAAGAAUAAUCGACAGGAAACCUUUCAUUCGUUGGCCAUGUGCAGCGAUAAUGUGGAAAUGGUGAGGAAACGUUUGUUAAAGGUUCAGAAUAAGUUAAAGUAUUUUUUAAAAUACGCAGUAUACCUCAUAGCUUUGAUAUAGGGGAUUUAUGAGAUGAAAAUUAUAUUAUCCAUGGUGAGCUGAGCUGAUCAUUUGUUGGCCAAAAAUUUCUUAUUUUGAUACCUAAAGGGAUUCAAAUUUUGGUGCUAACAUAGAGUGUAUACAACAGACUCUAUAGAUCUGUCCUCAAUUUGGCUUGCUUUCGUCGUUAGCAAUGAUGGCGGUCAAAAUUAUAUUACCCAUACUAUCAUGUGUUUUUGUCCCAAAACACAAUUUUUUGCCCUUAAACUUAACCAAAACCGUCCGGUUUGCACAGAUAAGGCUAUUAUAUAUCGUGCAGACAAUAAUUUUGUGCACGAGUUUGCAUGGUUCAGACGUUGAGAUCAAAUUAUAUUACACAUCAGGAUUUGAUGACUUUUGGUAAGAAAGUGAAUUUGCUAGGAUUGGACUGAACUAACAUCAUGUUUGAGAUAUUGGCUAUGUACUAGGUGUCAUUAUAAUAUCACUCUGCCCAUAAUCUUGCCUGGUUCAGAUCUAAUUUAUCAAAUUUGUAUUAUCUAUGACCAUCUGAUGGUUUUUUGGGAAAAAUAUGCAAUUUGAUAUUAAAAUAUGUCUAUGACUAGAUCCAGAAUAACCCUCAAGGCUUUACCGAUCAGUUUACACGCCAAAACCCCUUUCAUAAUCAAGUAGUACACUAAAUUCACCUUCAUUUCAGUGCAUGGACACGGCGAACUCGUCUUCGGCCGCGUCCCUCAACGAAGACAUCAUGCGGAUGCCUUUUGUCGAAGCGGGUCGGGUCUCUCAAAGCGGUCGGUCCUCGGAUUCGGCGCCUUCUCCCCCAAACACGGCGUCCAAGGCGAAGGACCCGUCGAAGAGACGAGUGUUGCACACAAUCGAACAGCCGGACGGGUCAACUGUUGCCUUCUGCACGGAGAUUGCGGAGAGCGCGAAGAAAGCGCAGGAAAAGAAGAAAUAA